AUGGAACCUUUUCAAAAGAAAGGAGUUAUUCAGAGAUAUAGAAGAAGGCUGAAUAUGGAGACUGCUUAUGCAAAUAUUAAUGGGCAAAUAUGGUUAUUUUUUGAUUCAGUAGUUGAAUGGGAACUAGUGGAGGAUACUGAACAACAAGUAACAGUGAAAGCACUUCACCAUGACUUGGGACAGCACAUGAUGAUGACAUUUGUCUAUGCCAAGUGUUCAGCAAUAGAGAGGCUAGAAUUAUGGGAUCAUUUGUAUUAUCUAGCAAGUUAUAUGAAGCUGCCAUGGUUAGUAGGAGGAGAUUUUAAUGUAGUGUUGCAUGAAGAUGAGAAGAUAGGGGGGUUUGCCUUGGAACAUCUUAUUAGAACUGGAUCAGAUCAUGCUCCUUUGCUGAUGACUUGUGGUGAGCAGAAUGUCACUUGUGUCAAGACAUUCAGAUUUUUAAACUUCUGGAUCAAACAUGCUAAGUUCAAGGAGGUGGUGAAGCAGAGUUGGGAAGCUGACUUUAUAGGUGAUCCUUUUAUUAUGUUCAAGAAGAAACUCAAGAAAGUAAAAGCAACUUUAUCAAAAUGGAGUAGGGACACUUUUGGAGAUAUAUUCAAGCAAUUGGCUAUAAUUGAAGAUAUAGUUAAGGCUCAAUCAGAGUUGAAGAAAUAUCUGAGCAUAGAGGAGCAAUAUUGGAAACAAAAGGCUGGUCUGAAUUGGUUUGGUGAGGGGGACAGGAACACUAGCUUUUUUCAUAAUCAUGUGAAUGGAAAAAGAAAGAAGCUACAGUUAAAAAGGAUCCAGAAUUCUAGUGGGGUGUGGAUUGAAAAUCAAGAGCAAAUGGCUGAUGCUGCAGUGGAGUUCUAUAAAAGAUAG